AUGCCAUUUUGCUCAACUUCACUUCUUCGCUCGCCUGGGCGAUUGAUCAUCACUACCGGUCACAAUUACCGCGGAAGUCGGAACCCACUACGAUCACAGCUGUUUGGACCAGAGGACUUCGAAGUAAAGUGCUUCACCAGUCCUUCCUGUGCCGUCGCCCCGUCGAAUCUGUCAACUCCAGCAUCAGGCUCCAUAGUCUACCGUCGCAUCGUGCCCAACACAACCCGCAACAACAGCACCCGUGCCGCAAGUGUGGUGGCAUAG